AUGGUCAACUGGAAAUCCGACGCCGAGAUUGCGAAAGAUGCCCUUGUUUUCAGCCGAUUUAUGCACGUCUUGCUGGGAGUUUAUAUGUACCUCUUUUUCGCUCCUUCGCUCGCCAACUCGCCCAACUUGUUUCGACAGAUGGGAAUGGUUCACGUCGUUGCCUUUCGAUUGGGAAUACCUGUCGGGCAAGCGCAAGUUUCGCUGGCCGAUGAUAUUCUACUUCUUGAAUCGCUACUGUUUACUCAUAGCCUUGAUUGGAAUCUCGGUCGCUUUGAAUGUUACCACGUACUAUACUGCCGCUUUCCUUCCCAUCCUCGCGCUCACAUGUUGCCCAGCCAGAUUGACUGCCAGAGCUUGUAUACCUUUAAUUCGCUUUUUGGCAAUGCGGCUAUUGGCGACACAGGACUCGCAAGCAUUAAUCUUUCGCUUCGAACCAUCGCGGUAUGGAACCAGCAGUGGUACAUCUGGGUGCCUCUAAUCUGUGUCAUCCUCGGGCAUUGGUCGUUGCUUCUUCAUGGCGUCUUUCUCAAAGCCGAAUGGAAGCCUGAGCUCGGAGGCUGCCAAAUUACCUCUACCGAUAACCGUUUGCUCGCCAUAACAUUCAUUUACUCAAUGGUGUUCGACCUUACUGUCCUGUUCCUGACCGCAUGGAAACUGGUGUUCCCUACGGGUGGUCGUUCGCCUCUCGUAAACCUCAUCUUCAACGACGGACUCAUCUAUUUUGUCAUUGCCUUCUUGUCCAACUUGCUGGCUACUUUUGGCUCAUGUAGAUUUUCAUGCUUCUCGACCUUAACGCCGUUAUGUCCAUUAUCGCCAAUGUCCCCGCAGCAAUUGCUUCGACGGCAAAUUGUUGCGUGUCGUGCAGUUCGACGUCUUGCCAAUUAUGGCCAGACCGGAGCGCAGAUGUUUGGCGGACACACCACCGCUAGCUCGACCCUGGCAUUCAAGAAUUCCAAUGGCCUAGGGACAACUCAGCGGCCCAAGGUCGUAACGAACAUGAAAGCAUCCGAAGGAGUUCACGUUCAAAUGGAGACAUUUGAGAGCCCGACUACUGCUGUCGACUCGCACUCGCAUUCGUACCUCGAAUUCGACGAAACUGGAAAGCUUACGCGAUCACCACCGGAUGACCUUGAAGCACAGAUUCCCGCUGACGAAUUCAAGCGUCCAGAGUACUGA